AUGACCACAAACGAUCCAAACGUCGUAAACGGCGACAAUGGCGUGUACGACGAAGACAUGACGCUGAACGCGAGGUGUCAAUCGUGGCUGCUGACGGGGACGCCAUCGGCGUCGUCAUCCAACGCGAGUUAUCACUCUAUCAAUACCAGUGCCACUUGGGAACAGACUAUGUCGUGGUGUCCGUGCUCUAAGUGGCCGUGCACGUGCGACGGAUGCGGAUGUUACGUCGAAGGAUGCGACGAGGCGUGGCGAAGAACGCAGGCCGGCGCCGGAGCGCGCUACGAACCAGCAAUCGGGAUGUUGUGGGGUGUUUUCGCGCUGUUGAUCACGUGCUUUGGCUUGGUGGUGAUAUGGCUAAAGUCACAGCAAAGGACAGAGGCGAGGAGGGAGGCGUACCUCAGAUCGAUCGUGGACAUGACGCCGAAGGAUGAGAAAUUCAAAGAGCUUUAUCGCGAUAUGGCGCCGCCGGAGGGGACGUACGUCGUGCACUCUCCGGGUCGUGGUGCGGCGCACAUCGCGAUCGCAGUGAGAGAAAAACAUAGCGCAGAAAAGUAA